UAUCAGUGUGUCGGGGUGGACGACGCAGUAGCAAAUCAAAGUUGGAUGUGUGCUACUUGUUUGAUUGGCACUGCACAAAACCCCCUCAGGUAUACAAGCACAGCUAUACUCACAUUAUCAGCCAGAGCGACAGAAGCAACAGGGUUGUCGGGUGUAUUGCCGCCGGUAGUGGCUACUGUGCCUCCUGAAAUGCCGAUAGGUCCGACAACCAUUGCUCCGGGACCUUUAGCUAACCCUGGGCAAUCCAUAUUGACCGAACAAGCACGGGAAAGUCUGCAAUGGGUUCAAGAGCAACGGGCCGUAUUGGAACGGGAGAUGGAGGUAAAUCAUCAGUUAGAACUGGAGCGGAAAAGACUAGAGAGCUUAAAAGGUUGACAAACGAAGCCAUGAUGGGGAUUCUUAACAACACCAACGAAGCUGGUACGGAUAGUCCGAAUGAGCAAGCAGCUGCAGUAGGGGUCAACAAGACAGGAGGCUGGAUACAAGGGAUAGUCGGCGAGAUGCAAAACCUCUCUAUCGCCCGCGAGACGAGUGUGGUCCCAGAGAAGACAACAUCUGCCUGUCCCAUGUUUGAUAUCAGUUCCACACCGACCACUGCAGGUGCCUAUGUGAGUUCGGUGGACCAUACACUCACGCCAACUAUUCGACGAGUAUCUGGUGGCCCGGUAAGUCGACCUCAACUGACAAGUUUCCCUCACAGUACAGUGAUACACUCACAACUACCUGUAAACGCUCGAUCAGAAAUCGAUUGCUUACAUCAGUUGGGCGCAACGCCACGAAGUUUGAUCAGUCGAGUACCUGCGGUGUUCGGAGCUAGUGCUCAAACGAAUGUAGUGACAGCAUGUUCUACGAUUCCUACUGUAGGACUCACUUCUACAUGUUGGGGGCUUCCGAAUGUAUCCGAUUGCGCAGCUGUAAACAGUCCACUGACAACUUUUCUACCACAGCAACCACACCAGCCUGGGUUAGCACCGAAUGUAUAUGUACCAGCGAAUACUCUUCCACACUCCUUUGCCAGUGUGGCUUCGAUGGGCGGAGGAAUGGGUAGUGGAUGCGGCUUUGGAACUCAACAUGCAGCGGAGUACGCAACGAACGUCAGCACCGGUGGGGGCAUUCCGAUGGGAUUUAGCGGCAUGCCAAGGCAUCACAAUCCUCAUUUGGCAUCUGGCUAUGCAGCGAACGUCGGAACAGGUAGCGGAUUCCCUGUUCAUCAGAAUUACAUUGGGCUUCAACGGCCGCAUGAUCCGGUGGGUCAAUUUCAAGUGCUUCCCACGCAGCAUCAAUUGAUGGCUAGACAAGUCAUGCCUAAAGACCUACCAUCAUUUCGAGGUGAUCCAGAAGAUUGGCCGCUGUUCUACAGUGCAUAUGUAAAUUCGACAAUGGCAUGCGGAUAUUCAGAUGUCGAGAAUUUGGCCAGACUACAAAAGGCUUUGCAGGGUAAGGCGUACGACGCAGUCAAGAGCCGGCUUCUGCUUCCCGCGUGUGUACCUCAGGUUAUGUCUACACUGCAUAUGCUUUACGGGCGACCUGAGCUAAUUAUUCAAAGUCUCCUGAACAAAGUUCGAGAAGCUCCGGCUCCAAAGCCGGAUAAGUUGGACACGUUGAUUUCAUUUGGGAUGACAGUCCAAAACCUAGUCGACCAUUUGGAAGCGGCGGGGCAGACGGCACAUAUGUGUAAUCCUAUUUUACUGCAGGAAUUGGUGGAGAAGAUACCGACCCAUUUGCGUUUGGACUGGGCCCUGUAUAAAAGGCAGUUUGCGGUGAUAGAUUUACGAGUUUUUACAACCUACAUGUCCACCCUCGUUGCUGCUGCUACAGAUGUCACGGUCAUCGCGGACUGUAGACAAGCGCAAACAUAUAGGAAAGAGAAGAAUUUCCUUAAUGCGUAUUCCGAAACGGAACCAUUGAAGAAGGAGGUCAAGCAGGAGAACAUAUCAGGAGUCGUAUGUUUGGCAUGCCAGGGACCAAAUCACAAAGUCAAAGAUUGUGUCCUAUUUAAAAGGUGGGAACCCGAAAUUAGAUGGGAGACUGUUCGGAAUUUUCAUCUUUGUAAAAUGUGCCUCGGAAAACACGGUCAACGACCCUGUAAGCAACAAGCGGCUUGUGGAACGGAAGGUUGCCAACUCCGACAUCAUCCAUUGCUACAUACUGAUAGGCAGAAACAGCGAGAGGCAGCCGAAGAGGAACAACAAGUACAUAGAUACUUCGGCGAUGGACUCCGGAGAAGGUGUAAAUGCUCACCAUUCUACAGGAAAGUCAACGUUAUUUCGCAUCAUACCGGUAAAGCUUUUCUGGAACGGAAGGUCAGUCGAGACGUACGCGUUCUUAGAUGAUGGCUCGUCGAUGACGUUGAUUGAGCAGUCUGUGGCGGAUCGUUUGGGUAUAGACGAUGGCAAGCCACUCCCUCUAGGCCUUACCUGGACUGGAAGCAUAAACAGGCAAGUUCCAAAUUCAAAGCAGGUGAUAAUCGACAUUUCCGGUAUGGGUGAUUGUAAACGUUUUGCUUUGAACGAUACGAGGACCGUCCCUAAUCUGGAUCUUCCGAAGCAAACAUUGAAGUACGAUAACUUGGUGCGACAGUACGCUCAUCUUAAGGGAUUACCGAUCAGCAGUUAUGAAUCAGUUUCACCCGGCAUUUUGAUCGGAUCAAACAACGCUAGUUUGAUUGCUACAUUGAAACUGCGUGAAGGUGAUCUCGGGGAUCCACUGGCUGCUAAACUCGGCUUGGUUGGUCUAUUUACGGACACGUAGGCGACUUGAGAAAGGAAACGAAUUUCUGCUUCCAUGUACGUGAAGAACAAGGAGAGAACUUGAUUGAACGUCAUUUGCAAGAACAAAUAAAGGCAGAAUCAGCGAAACAGACCGGUCAAGACGGAGUACUCGAUGAAUGGUUCGGAGGAAACAUUUGGAGCACACAUUCUGGUAGCGAAGAACUGAAUCGGUCGCGGCUGGAGCAGUCGACAGUGCUGGAAGCGCAAGUUGGCGAUUACGUGAAGUCAGUAAUGGAUACGGAAGUCCGUUACAGGCGGGGGGAUGUUGCCAACACUGGCUGCACUGCCGGCAGAGUCAGAAACGAUCGGAGACUGCCCCUUUAUUUCUUAGCUAUUGAUAAGCAUCGAUAAGGCGCAACUGUCUAGAAGGGUUGGGUGACAUACUAUUAUUGGUUGUAAAGUCAGAUGGUGAAAACAAUGCGACAGAUUUGCUGUGUCAUUGUGGAUGUUCUAGAUACUGAAAUCUUAGCUAAUGAAAGGCAUU